AUGACCGGUUUUAGAGGUGCCCUCUGUAUUGACAGUCCACAUCUGUCCACAUGUGGUGUCCAUACGUUUAAUACCAAACAGUCUUCACUUAGGUGGCACCGGUUUGGCAAACCUGAGUACCCCUACCGGGGGUUCGGCAUAAGGUAUGGCCAAAAACUGGUCAACACUUGUGUUCAACACAUCGAUAGUCAGACCACCAAAGGCCUAUUCAAGAGGGCUAUUAUGGAGAGCGGGUCUGUUAUGUUCGGGAAAGGGAUGGAACCAAUCACUAAAUCUGAAGCACUAGUUAUGGCCAAAAAUACGGCCAAACAUUUCAAUUGCAGUAAAUCUAAAGAUUGGUUGCAAUGUCUGAGAGAAGUCGACGCCAAAGAGUUUCCCAAAUAUGGGGCCUCGAUAUCAAUCCCAGAGUUUCAAAAGUUUAUCACAUUUCCGGUGUUUGGCACAGAAUUUCUGCCCAUUUUUACACAAAAGGCAUUUGAAAACAAAAAAUUCAAUUCAGACAUCGAUUUAAUGGUAUGUCUGCCCAGAGAUGAAGGAUCACAUGUAUGGGACUCAUAUAUGGGAUCCGUUACUAAUAUAUCGGUCGAUAUAUUUAAACAAAUGGUUAAUAAAUCCUCAGAACUUGGCUUUCGUAAUAUAAGCACACAAAAAGUAACCGACUUUUACCUGAAAUCUGUCAACACUACCGAUGAAACAGCGCUUCGCUUAGCUUUCUAUCACUUUGUCAGUGAUAUGGCAUUGAAUUGUCCGACAUAUCUAUUCGGACAACAAUUUGCCAGAAAUAUACCAACUCAUACUCAAAAUGUCUACUUCUAUGAACUGACUUAUGGACACAGAUCUACAAUUGAGUCGUUUGGUUACGAUCCGGACACUAUGGCCAUCAAUCACGGUAUCGAUACAACCUAUGUGUUUGGCAUACCAUUUGAUGUACCAUGGUCAUUUUCAGAUAGCGAUUAUGAAUUCAGUCGCUAUGCUAUGAGAUUGUGGACUGAUUUUGCAAAAUACAGUAAACCGCAUAACAAUUGGCCGAAACUAUUGACAAACAAUACAUUUAUUAUCAAAGACUUGAAUCCAUUGAAUACGAGCCGAGUAUUGGAUAAUCCCUUUCAUAGCACUUGCGAUGGCUUUUGGAGGGAUUAUUAUUUGUAA